CGCCUAGAUUCAGGAGGAAGGAUGGAGUGAGGGGUUGUAGCGAGGGUAUAGUAAUGUAGAAGUGACAAUGAUGAGGAGGAGGAGGGAAGUGUUGGUUGUCUUGAAGUGUAUUGGCGUGCGGCGAGUGUGUUUGUUGAGGCGGUCACGCACUCCACGACCCGCGGAGUAUGAGGUGCUAGUCACCCACACUCACCAUGCACACUGAACCUGCUAGGAACUGCUGGCAUAUUGACUUGUUGAACUGCCCAGUGUGAGGAGAUUGCCUAGUAAGGUUUCAGCUAGAAUGACCACGUAUCCAUUGAAGUCACAGAAAGCAUCAGUUUGUUAAUGAUCUGAAGACAAGCAGCUAUCACUGAGAUGUCCACAAUGGAAAUAGAGUUGAACAGCAUGAACAACACGAGUGACGAGAGUCCGGCUGUCAAUGGAAGCGAAAAUGACCAGAAGAGCAUAACGGCCCUUGAUGAAUUGCUGGAACAGGAACUCAAGGAAGACGAUUCAGUUGACUGUUUCAUCAAGCGAGUUGGGGGUGCAAGUGAAGACAGCUCAGAAUUUGGCCUGAACUAUGAGGAGACUCCAGUUGUAUCCAGCUCUGCCUUCUACAGUCCCAAGGAAGAUACAAGCACAGAUAAUGAUUCUCUCUUGGAAAAGGAGCUUGAAGAUACUCUAAACAAGGGUCAGGAAGUGCCCCUUACCAGUGACAUGAGUGGUGAGGAAGAAACUGCUGGAGAGGAAAAAACUGCUGUUGUGGAAGAAACUGCUGUUGUGAAAGAAACUGCUGUUGUGGAAGAAACUGCUGUUGUGGAAGAAAGUGCUGCUGUGGAAGGAAUUGCUGUGAUGGAAGAAACUGCUGCUGUGGAAGGAACUGCAGCCGAGGAAGAAACAGCAAAAGACAGCACACCUGAAACAAACACAAGUGUGGAAGAUACUGAUGAAGGUACAGAUGCUGAAGACAAAGGGGAAGAUGACCCACCAAGUAAAAUGGACACAGAUUCCUUGCAAAAUGAAGAGAAUGAUGAAAGCAUGAUUACUGAAGAGGCAGACAAUGAAGUGAAGGAUCAGGUUGGUGAAAAUAACAGUGCUGUGGAGGAUGAAGCACUGGAAGAAGAAGUAGAGGAUGAAGCACUCAAAAAAGAAGUGGGUAAUGAAGAGCCUGAUUUGACAGAGGGGAAGUCACUAUUAGAAUCACCAAACAGUGACACUAACCAAACAGAAAAAGAUACAGAUGGUCAGAGUACAAAAGCUGAGAGUAUAAAACAGGGUCACAAGGAUGUACUUUAUCUUGUAUUCCAUCCAAAAGAACAAGGCAACAAAAAUGGUGAGAAAGCUAAGGAAAGUCCAUUAAAGGUGCAGUGCAGUGAGACCACGAAAACUAGUGGCAAUAUCAUAAAGAUUAACACAGGUGCUGACAAAUCUAUAGCCAAGGCAGUGUUCAAUGUUGCUUCUGGCAGUGAAGCAAAGACAAGUCAAGAAAUCUGUAAAUCAAUAAUUGUCAAGAAGAUUACUGCUAAAGUUUUAAAGGACAGCAGUACAGCCAUAACAAAAGCAGCUAAUGAAUGUGAAGUUAAUAACCAUACAAUUGAACAGCCACUGAGCUCUACAAAGUCUUCUAAACCAGAAGAGAAACCACAAAAUAAAUCAGAUGACACAAAAGGAGGAGAGUCAGAGAAACAAGCACUUAAUGAUGAUCCUGGCAAUGUGAAAACUGAAAAGCCAAGGAUAAUUUUAACUAAAAAGGUUUAUGGAAAUCGCAGAAGUCCCCGAAAAGCCAAAUAUCCUACUACAGAGGAUAAAGGUGCCACAAAUAUGGACACACAAGACCACUACAAUAAUGUAGAAGGUAAUGAAGGGAAAACUCUGUCAGAUAAGCCUGAAAUUAAUGGAGACGAAAGUGACGAGAGUACUGAGAAGAGAAAAGCAAGUGUUGGAACUCUGAAAAGGAAAUUUGAAGAAAUAUGCAGGAUAUCGCGGGAAGAAGAAGAUGCUGCAAUAGAAGAAAUAAAAAAAAUGAAGAAGGAAACGUUAGAUGUUCUCAAAAAGAUUAAUAAAGAAAUGGAGAAACUUAAAAAGGUGUUUUUGGCAAGAAAGUAAAAACAAAGUAAUGAAAAGACAAGAAGGAAAAAAGUACAAGUAUGUGUGUUUAGAAUAGAUGUUUUUGUCAAAUUCAUGAAUUAAUUUAUAAAAGAAGAAUGACUAUAUUGUAAAAUAAAAAUGGAAAUCAGCAACAAUCAAUGUAUUUUAUAUAAUAUAUAUAUAUGUAAUAUAUAUAAACAGUUUCCUUAUUUUUAUCCCUAAUAUCCUAAUUACUGGUAGAUGUGAAAAUGUAAAUUACUACCAAGAUGUGGCUGGCAUUGAAUUAUUUGGCAAGACAUGAGUGUUUUGUUUUGACAUUUGUGCAAUUAGUGAGAGUGAAGUGUUUGUUGAAGCAGUGAAUGCAACUAGUGUAUUUUUUAAGUUUUUACUUUUGUGUGUAUUUAAAGGCAAGAUAAAUUUUAUAUUGACAUUGAUUUUAAUUACUAGAAAACAAAGUUGCUUAAAUAUAUUUGUUCUGUUAAGUAAUAGGAUACGUUCAUUCCUCAUUGCAAAUUAGAAAUGGAAGAUGUUUUGUAUUUUCAUUGUAAUUACCACAAUAGAGAUUAAGUAAAUCUUUUAAAGUACCA